AUGGCUCCCCACACCGUCCUCGUCGACACGGCGGCCGACUUUGCGCCCGCCGCCACGCCGCUGGCGGCGAAGCGCAACCUGCUGCUGGCCCCGCCGUCAGUCGCCGCCCACGAGGAGAAGCUGCGACAUGUCUUUGCGGCUUUUGACCGCUCCAGCACCGACCUGCAGAUGCUGGACCGCCUCUCGGCCGGCCUGGUUUCCCUCCCCGCCGCGGCGUACGACCUGGUGCUCGUUCUCCGAGAUGCGGACGGCUCCCGUGGCCCCGAGCUCGCCCAGCUGCUGAACCGCCACCUCUUCACCAUGGUCGUCCCCGCAAUCAAGGCCGGCGGGCGUCUGCAGUUCCAGGACGGCCAGUUCGGAGGCGCAGAGUCCAAGGAAGCCAUCCUCGCGGGCUUGGUAGCCCGGGACGGCGGGUUCGAGAAGCCGCAAGAGGAAGAAGUCGUGGUGCCCCUGCGGCUCGGCAAGAGCAAGACCACACGGCCCGCUGCUCCUGCGGCGCCCCAGUUCGACUUUGACGACCUGGACGACGACGACAUCAUCGACGAGCAUGCCCUGCUGGACGAGGAGGACCUCAAGCGCCGGCCCCAAGCGCCCACCAACUGCCAGCCGCAGAAGCGCCGUCGUCCCUGCAAAGACUGCACCUGCGGCCUGGCCGCCAAGUUCGAGGCCGAAGAAAAGGAGCGCCGGGCACAGGCGGACGAGGGCCUCGCGGCCGUCAAGCUCGACACCAACGACCUCAACGAGCUGGACUUUACGGUCAAGGGCAAGACGGGCUCGUGCAACAACUGCUCGCUGGGAGAUGCGUUUCGGUGCUCCACCUGCCCGUUUAUCGGACUGCCCGCGUUCAAGCCCGGGGAAGAAGUGCGCAUCCUGAACGAAGUGCAGCUGUAA